CCGGGAUUAACCCAGCAGAAAAGAAGCCGGCACCGGGCCUCACCCAAGGUCAAAAAAAAAAAAUCCAAACACUGGGAGAUGUUGCCAUGGAAGAGAGGAAAAGGGGAGGACGAUUCUUCCAGCCUCAUCUUCCCCCGUCCUCAGUGCAACACUGUCUGUCCCUGGCCGCUUCGUGUGUCCGUCGAUGGGACUGCAUUGGACGUACAACUUCAGUAUCUGAUACAACCACAUUCCCCUGUUCACUCUCUACCACAUCGUCACGAUGACCUCUGAAAAGCCCAGACCUCUUGAAAGAGGGAGAUCCUCAGCAGAGGAGAUCCAGCAUGUCGCUUCUUCUGCAGUCUCUUCGUCCUCCACCUCCCCUUCUCUGUCUCUUUCCCAGAAAGAUCCAGGAGAUCCUGCAUCAGAUGCAACCAAGGAACCUUCCCCCUCGACAGCAGCAGCAGCAGCAGCAGCAGCAGCAACCAAAGACACCGAAAACGAGACUGAGGCGACUCCAGCUACCACCGAGGAGCAGCCCCAGGUCUACUCUACCUUUAGCAAAGCCCAGACGCGCAUGAUCGUGGCCAUGGUCACCUUGGCUUCCUUCUUCUCCCCACUCUCGGGACAGAUCUAUUACCCUGUCAUGCCUACGCUCGUGAAGAGCUACCAUCUCACCCCAGCCCUCAUCAAUCUGACCAUCACCACUUACAUGAUUCUCCAGGGUCUGGCCCCAAGCUUUAUGGGUACCUUUGCUGACUCCGGCGGCCGGCGCCCCGCGUACAUCAUCGCCUUUACGAUCUACACGGCUGCCAAUAUUGGUCUCGCUCUGCAGAACAGCUACGCAGCGCUCAUGAUACUCCGGUGCAUCCAAAGUGCGGGGAGCAGCGGCACCAUCUCCUUUGGGUACGGCGUUAUCGCUGAUAUUGCGACCCCGGCUGAACGGGGCACGUAUAUCGGGCCCAUGGCGGCGGGGGUAAUGGUUGCACCGGCCUUGGGGCCUGUUAUUGGCGGUAUCCUUGCCAAGUUCCUGGGCUGGCGCAGCGUCUUCUGGUUCCUAGUGAUUAUCAGUGGUGGGUUCUUGGUUGUGUUUGUGCUGCUUGUGCCAGAGACCGCGCGCCGGAUUGUCGGUGAUGGGAGUGUGCUGCCCGCGGAGUGGUGGAGGAGAUCUGUUCUUCAAUGGUGGCAGCUGCGCAGUCAUGCGGCUCUUACUAGGCCUAACUCUGAUGGUCAUCCUGAUGUUGAUGUUGAUGCUUCUCGGAGUGCUGCUGGACAGCCUGGUGGAAGUGCAGCAAGAUCCAAGCUUCGUUUCCCAAACCCGCUCAAGUCCUUCGUGAUCCUCCUCGAACCAGACGCUCUCAUUCUCAUCUCAUACAUCGGCGUGGUGAUGUUUGCCAAUAUCGCUCUUCUAACUAGUACCCCGACGCUCUUCACAAAGAUAUACGGCUUCAAUGAUCUCCAGAUUGGUCUUUGCUUCCUUCCCCUCGGAGCAGGCGCCUCCCUAGGUGCAAUCAUCAACGGCAAAAUCCUCGACCGCAACUACCGCCGCUACUGCACGCUCCUCUCCGUCCCUCUCGACCGCAAACGCAACACCGACCUCCGAAACUUCCCUAUCGAAAAGGCCCGCCUGGAACCCUUCUUGUGCAUCAUCCUCCUGGCGAUAGUAACCUACACACCCUACGGCUGGGUUCUCCAACAACGAGCCCCCCUGGCCGCCCCACUAAUCCUCCAAUUCAUCCUCGGCUUCUCUAUGAUCGCAUCCACGAAUACCCUGAACACCCUGCUCAUCGACCUGUUCCCUGAUCGGCCCGCGACCGCGUCGGCGGCCUGUAACCUCGUUCGGUGCUGGUUAGGCGCGGUGGGCGCGGCUGUGAUCGAUUACAUGCUCAGCGGGAUGGGAUGGGGCUGGUGCUUUACAUUUUUGGGCUUGGUGAUGUUGCUUAGCUUAGGGUUGGUGUAUGUGGAGUUUCUGUACGGGAUGAAAUGGAGGGAGAAGAGACGGGUGAGAAGGGAGGAGAGGGAAAAGGAGAGAAGGGAUCUGGAAGCUGACAAGGGAGUUGCUUGACUUGUUUUUUUUUUUUUU